AUGUAUGAUGAUGGCGGUCCCACGUCAACAGGGUAUCAACGCGCACGGUCCGAGGCAAUGACGACGCCAAUGGCGGAUGAGUCUAUGGCACGAUGGGUACAAUCCAUCGACGCGACAUAUGAACUAGUGCGAAAUCCAGCUAUUCGUGCUAAAUAUCCAGUCCUGGCAGAGAAAGUGGCUAGUGCACUGGAGGCGUGUGAGUCGGCGCUGCAUGAUUAUGGCGUGAAUGGUUGUGCAUUGAGCUUCAAUGGCGGCAAGGAUUGCACGGUGCUGGCACAUAUUCUCUGCGCAGCACUAAGGAAGUUUCUCAACGUGCAGAAAGAUCAUAAGCUUCUACCUCCCAUCCGAUCCUUAUAUGUGGCUUGCAAGGAUCCGUUUCCCGAGGUUGAAGCAUUCAUAUCGUAUGCUUCGUCGCAAAGGACAGGGUACAAUCUACAGCUUCAGACGGCGCACGGUGCACUUUCAAGUGCACUGGGAACUUAUAUAAAUGGCAAGGCAGGAGAAGGCGUACGAGCUAUGUUUAUUGGAAUCCGGCAUGAUGACCCACAUGGCUCAUCGCUGCAAGUGCGCUCGCCGUGCGAUCCUAGUUGGCCACCAAUAAUGCGAGUACAUCCCAUUCUUGACUGGAACUAUACGGAUAUCUGGUCAUUUCUCCGAUGCCCUGUCCUUUGCGCAAAUGAACGUGAAGUUGUUCCACCAUGUGUGGCAGGUCAGGACGUAGGCGUGCCCUACUGUAUUCUGUACGACUAUGGCUACACGUCGCUGGGCAAUCGUUUCAAUACAAUACCCAACCCUGAGCUACUUGACAUCUCGACGAAUAGCUACAAGCCUGCGUAUCGAUUGUGCGAUGGUGCAAAAGAACGCUUCGGACGCCUGCCAAAUAGUACAUCUCCACAGACGUCAUGA